GGGAAACAAAGGCGCCAUUUUCUAGUUUUUGUCCUAGUUGUGUCAUGAAGAAACUCAGCACUUGUCCUAGCUAGCCACAUGGUGAAGACACCUGGUACUUGUUCUAGCUUCAUCCAGCGAGGUUGAACCAAUCCAUAAUCUAUAUAUGUUUGAUGCAUAUGUUCCAUUCCGAGAUGAGCAACGACUUUGAAUUAGUGCAUUGAUGGUGCUGAACUAUAUAUACUUUGACUCCGGUGCAGUUUUCAUAUGAACAUACGUGUCCGGGGAAUAGCUCGCGGUCUUUGUUCUGGGAAGGAGAUAAACUAAACUAGACGUUUGAGAAUUGAGAUUGGAGAUCAGAUGGAGAUCGAACAACAGUUGACUGCUUGCUUGCUGCCACCUCCUCCCGCUCUCCAAAUUAAACAACAAGCCACGCAACUUCAGUUUGAUUAGUACUCCAUUUCACACCCCAAUGAUCCAGGAGACUUGAGUGCAAGUUUAUCUUUCCUUGUGUGUAUAUGUAGCUCAUAUGUGAUUACGCGCACAAAUAACCCUCGGAACAACUAGACAGUCGCAUAAUACACGGUUGUGAAACAAACCCGGGCGCUACACCCUACAUACACACACACACACACACACACAUACAUGGGUUGGUCACUGCCUGCAGGUAAGAAUUUCCUUCUGGCCUAGCUAGCCACCUUGUUCAUGUUCAACAGUUCUUUUUGUAAAGAACACACUCCAUGACUCCAACCGCUUCUUUCUGUAGAUAGUUGCCCCCUUGCAGUUGGAUGUAAUUUUUUCGCUUUUUGGUUGCUCUUUUAUAAGUAAACCUACCAUGAGUUUAUUUUGCGGAGUAGCAGUUUCCGUUUAGUAUAUGGUUUUAGAACAUGUAAAAUAUUCUUCGCGUGUUGAUGUUAUUUAUGGGAAGCUGUUGCUGCAUGGUGAAAGGUUGUUAUUGCCAUAUGAAGGCGCUUUAAGCAACCAAGAAUUCAGGAUGCACAAAAUUUUCAAGUUUACAUGAAACUUUCACCUAUUUCGCCACACUAUCAUACGAUAAAGCUUGAUGGUAGCUUGUCGGAAAACCCCACGUACCUGCCCUCACGCGGAGUAGCAAUGUUCACUUUUUUUUACAUAUCCUUGAGGGCACGACUUCAUCCCCGAAAACAAACACGUGUAUAGACUCUUUUAUAAUCACACAACACAUCGGGCUUGGUCAAGAUCAAUGCAUUUCCUCAAAGUCGAUAGAAGACGGCUACUGGUGGCUUUCCUCUUGAUCGCAGUUGGCAACUUCGAGCUUCGGCAUCAAUACGAGCUCUCCAUCGUUGUAUGUCUCAUAGGAUUGCUAGUAUUGUAAAAACAUUCUCCAUCUUGUAUACGCAAAUAACAUGCCAGGGGUUGAAUUUCUAUUGGUGGUGUCAUUUUGACCCGAUGACAAGUUUUAAAUUUUAAUACCACGUGGUGUACAUACGUGGUGAGCAAUCCUAAUCCCGAUAAAUUUUAGUAAUAAUUUGCUUCCAUCAUCGCAAAUAUUCUAUCCAUGCCACGGUUUUUGACUUCAGACUAAGAAAUUCUAAAAUGGCUUUCAUAUCAUACAUGUCAGCUUUCCUGAAAUGACCAAUAUACCCCGCAGACAAGUCUCCCCUCCAUCUCUCUCCCGCGUUUCCCAUUCCCCUGGCCUGAACCCUCGCCCCGCCGCCCAGCACGGCCGUGGCCAGCGAGAUGUCUGACGCCGGUGGACCUCCUCCACAUGGCGCACCACCGCCAGUGCGGCACCUCUGGGUGCUCCUCCGCUUCUGUCCAGUCCCCACGGCCGGCGGUCUGGUACCUCCAGUUGCCGCCGUCGCCGCCACGUGGCGUCCGAGUAUUCGGCACUAUCCGCCUACUCUGGCUUCGUCUCCGCGGCCAUAUUCCGCCGCCUCGCCGUUCUGCGCUCAGGGCUACAAGCCCCCGUAAGGUCAGAAGCUCUUACUACUUGUUGCUGUCACGCUAAUCCUGCAGCAUAGUACCACUGUUUAUGGGUCUGGGUCUUCUGAGAGCAUCAACAUGGCACGGCCUGGCUGCCCAGACAAGUGUGGUAACGUCAGCAUCCCGUACCCGUUCGGCACUGGAAAGGGCUGCUUCCAAGAACCCUUUAAUGUUACAUGCCAUGAGAGCAGGGCAUAUCUGGCCUCAACCGGAGUUAGGGUACUAGACAUCAAUCUUACCUUUGGUGAGGUUCGUGUUCAGAACCCAAAUAUAGCAUCGCAAUGCAACUACACCAACGGCACCAAUAGCACCAGUAUGGUUGGCUUAAGUCUUGAUCCUUUUCAUAAGGUUUCCAACACCAAGAACAAGUUGAUAUCAAUCGGGUGUAGUAUGCUUGGAAUGAUUGUAGGACUGACCAAGGGCAAGAACCAGCUUGAAUUACCCAUUGUCAACUCAUGCUUUUCAUUUUGUACCGAUGCAAGUAGCGUGGAUGAUACCACAGAGUGCGCUGGCAUGGGUUGCUGCCAGUCCCCCUUUCCAGGAAACAUCAGCUCCUUCAACACCACAUCUACACCAAUACCACCUAUAUAUAACGCUACCAUCCAGUCUUUUAGCCCAUGCAGCUACUCAUUCAUCGCUGAGGUGGACUCGUUCAAGUUUGAUCGUUCAUAUGUCAGCUCUACAAAUUUCAGAAGCAAAUAUACUGAGGGGUUUCCUUUGGUACUUGAUUGGGUUGUUGGUAAUGCAAGUUGUUCUGAAGCCACCAAGAUGGGGUCACAGUAUGCCUGUCAAGCCAUGAACAGCCAAUGUAUUAAUGUGUCCAAUGGCCCUGGGUACCGCUGCAACUGCUCUCAAGGUUAUGUGGGCAAUCCUUACCUACAAGGAGGGUGCCGAGACAUCAAUGAGUGCGAACCUCCAAACCAGUCCUUGUAUCCUUGCAAAGGUAAUUGUAGAAAUACCGCUGGGAGCUACACCUGUUCAUGCCCAUCAGGAUUCAGGAGUGAUGAUCCAAAGAGCAUACCCUGCGUUCGAGCUGACCCAAACAAAGCUCUGAAGGUGGCCUUAGGCACAUCCGCCGGUGUCGUCUUCCUCAUGGUUUGCAUGUUUGCUCUACGGGCUGAAUAUCAGAAAAGGAAGCUGGCAAAAGAGAAGGAAAGAUUCUUCGAUCAGAAUGGUGGUCAGAUACUGUACCAUCAGAUUAUGUCAAAACAAGUCGAUACAUUGAAGAUAUUCACGCAGGAAGAUCUGAAGAAGGCUACAAACGAUUUUGACAAGAGCAGAGAAGUGGGCAAGGGGGGUCACGGCACUGUCUACAAGGGAAUUCUUAAGGAUAACAAGGAAGUAGCCGUGAAACGCUCAAAGAUCAUGAAUGUGGCCGAAACUGACGAGUUUGUGCAGGAGAUUAUUAUACUUUCACAAACCAACCACCGUAAUGUGGUCAGGCUUUUAGGGUGCUGCUUAGAGGUGGAAGUUCCGAUGCUGGUCUAUGAAUUCAUCCCGAAUGGCACUCUCUUUCAUUUUAUCCAUCGUAACUACGGAAGUCCACCUCCCUCGCUGGACACCCGUAUCAGGGUCGCUCAAGAAUCUGCUGAAGCACUGGCGUAUCUGCAUCUGUCCAUGAACCGCCCUAUAGUACACGGAGAUGUUAAGUCUAUGAACAUUCUCUUGGACGAGAACUACAUGGCGAAAGUGACCGACUUUGGGGCGUCAAGGAUGCUCCCCAAGGAUGAGGUUCAGUUCAUGACAUUGGUGCAGGGCACCAUGGGUUACCUGGACCCUGAGUACCUGCAGGAGCGGAAGCUAACAGAGAAGAGCGACGUUUACAGCUUUGGCGUUGUGCUGCUGGAACUGAUCACGGGGAAAACAGCCAUCUACCACGACGGCCCCAUGGAAGCCAAGAACCUCGCGUCGUCCUUCCUGCUCGCGAUGAAGGAUGGGAGCCUUGAUGCUGGCAUCCUGGAUGCUAGCAUAGUAAGCGCCUGGACGGAGACACUGCUGGGAGAAGUUACCGAGCUGGCGAGUAUGUGCUUGAGCACCAGGGGGAAAGAGAGACCUUCCAUGACCCAGGUGGCUGACAAGCUGAAGGCUCUGCGAAGCACCUGGAGGGAGAAACUGGUGCUCGAGCAUGGCCAAUCAGAGAGUCUGGUCAUUGGCUCCUCGCCUGCAGCUUUAAUGCUUCGCGUUCCUCCGCCGCUGAGCAUGUUCUCGACUGGGGCCCAGAUAUCUGAAGUAGGUAUAGAGACACCCAGAUGAUAGUUUCAAUUGAUUAUUACACCAUGCGAGUAGUAUUGCGAAGAGUGUUUGAGGCCUGGCGCUUCGAGUAUACUAUAUGUUUAUCUAUUUUUUAGAAGUAUACUAUCUGUAUUUGUGACGUUCAUGUAGAAGUUGGAAUUGGUUGUCACAACAUUUAUAGAACGGUUUUGGUUAUGUGGGAUAUUUGGCCUUGUUCGUUUAUUAUUGUGUUGCUUGCUGCCUUUCAUUCUCCCCUUUUGGCAGUUGCUCUGUACUGAUUAUUUUGUAUAAAUUUUGAGAGUAAGAUGGAUACACCGUCACUGAAUUUAUUUUGUUUGAUCUUAAUUCAAUUAGACCAUUUGUA